AUGAAGCGAGGGUUCUUCCAGCGCGAGGAAGCGUGCAAGGCCACGACCAAGCGCCGCCGUGACCGCGCCUACCCCAUCGAUGCACUCUCUCGCAUGAUGUGGGAGUCGACCAUUGGCAAGAAGAAGACGGGCGCCAUGUCGCCCUUGCGCUGCGCGACGUGCUACCACUGCGAGCGGGCCAUGGCGUCGGGCGAGUACUGCUGCGUCGCCUGCACCAACGCCUUCUGCGGCGAAUGCUCCACCAUAAAUUAUUCCAAGGCGUACGACCGCGUUUUUUGUCUCGACUGUCCUCAAGACGAGUAA